GAAGUUGAAGUUAAGUUUGAAGUUGAAGUUAAGUUUGAAGUUUUAGUAAAAUAUUCUCAAGACACAGAUUUGAAAUAAUAUUAGUAUUAGCGUGAAUCGUGGGUUUUUUCAAAGUUCAGUUUGAAGUUUUAGUAAGAAUAUUUUCAAAAAAUUGAUUUUAAAUAAUAAUAAUUCUAGCGAAAAUCGCUAGUUUUUCAAGCAUAUUCCAGGAAUCUUGCGGAAAAGCAAAAGAGCUGUAUUCCAGUGUCUUGAAAGCAAUAAUAACUGGAUUUCCGAAAUUUAUUUAUGUCUUGAAGUUUUCAAGCUCUUUUAAGAAGUUCAAGUAUACAUAGCGGUUCCUGAGUUAUCUCAAAAUAUGGGCCGUACUCUUCCAGUGCCAGUAGCUUGCAAGGUGUGUGGAGACAAGUCCUACGGAAAGCACUACGGAGUUUACUGUUGUGACGGUUGUUCGUGCUUCUUCAAGAGAUCCAUCAGGAGAAGCAUAUUCUACACUUGUAUAGCAGGUACAGGAACUUGUAUUGUAGAUAAGGCUAGAAGAAACUGGUGUCCUUAUUGCAGACUACAAAAAUGUUUCCAUGUCAGCAUGAAUAUAUCAGCUGUUCAGGAAGAACGAGGACCAAGAAAGUCUGGCAAGAAGAAAAAUAUACCCAACAAAAAUUUGGUUGAGAAAAAUUCUCUGAAAUUCGAAGUUACUGGAACUAACACCGAUGUCUCGAGAAAAAUUGUGGAAAGAAGCCCUGAAGAAUGUAAUGGCAACUGUUGUGUAAUGGUAGCUAUUCAAGAAGGCAAUAACACACCACCAGAGUUACACUACGAGUUAGCAGCUCAAAUCCUUUUAGUGACAAUCAAAAGAGCUAGAUCAUGCGCUCCCCUGGUUGCUUUGCCUUUCAACUGCCAGAACAGAAUCCUGGGCCAAGUGUGGGCCGCCCUGUUUCUACUGCAUGCCUCCUAUUGGCCUCAUUGCGACCUGGUGCGACUACUGUACAGAUACAGGGUGACCACUGAUGUAUGUGUCGUGAUGUCACACAUCAUGUCGUGUCGUCUCAUGUCCCUUGAUGCUAUUGAGAUGUCGCUCAUGGAGAUUUUGCUGCUCUGUAGACCAGAUCUCGUAUCCGACACAAAUGAUGCCCAAACAAUUUUCGACUACCAACAGAAAGCCCAGUCAGCUCUAGCUGAACACACCAUGAGGAGAGAUGGGGUCAAUGUAUUUGUCAAUGGAGAUAUUGCUGACCUCAGCAUUUCACCCGGAAACUCUCAGAGUAGAUUUGGGCGUCUGCUGCUUUCAUUGGGGGCCCUCAACGGACCUCUAGCUGGGCCCUUGGAAGCUUGUCUAUUUCGACCAGUUAUAGGCAAUGUUUCAAUCAAAAACAUAAUUUCUGUAAUUUAAUCCAUAAGCAUUCAUAAUAUGUUAUAUCUGGAAUGAAAUAAUUUGUUGUGCAUAGUAAAAUAAUGCAAGAUAUAUAGGCUAAUGUGGUAUAUCCAAUGCGAGAGGUAAUAAAAACACGUGAAUAUUAUUCUUAUCAAAAAGGUCAACAUUUUUUCAAGCUUAAAAAAUAAAGAAUUACUAUUAUUAACUGCCCAAUCGAUAAUAGUAGGCUACAGCAUAAAAAAUUUAAUGCACUCAUAUUCAAUAAUAGCAACCUUCAUCAAUGAAGACAAUAUUAUGUAGACCAUUUUGUCUCAUUUGCAUAAUUCAAUAAUAUUACAAAUACUUAAUGUAGGUACUUCAAUGUGGUAUAUUGUUGAUGUGAACCUACUUUUUAUGAAUGUAGAAAUUACAUUUUAGUCACUGUUACAUGUGUUUCUCGUUGCUGUGUGACUUCAGACUGAAACAGACAAUUUUAUAUUUUAUAUUCAACACAUAUUAUUUAUUUAUAAAUUACAAUAUCAUGACAGUUAUAAUAUACUACUGUACAUGUAUUUUUCAGUAAUCGAAACUUAAUUUCUGGAAUAUUAUACACUGUAUAGUACUUACAAUAGCUGUAUGAUCAUGAUAUAUAAGAGCCUACUCUGUAAAAAUGUAGAACUUAACGUAAUUCAACAAUAUUAUAUAGCCUAGUAGGUAUAUUAUAGUGCCGUACAGUAGUAGCAGUAGAGUACAAUAAUGUACGUAUUGUGUAGUUUGUGUAUAAAUAUGAAGAAUAUUGUGGAAUCUACUGGGACUGCCUUUAUCCAAACAAUUAACUAAGUGUUUUAUAAAAAAUGUGCAUUAUGGUUUUUUCAUUUGUUCUUGUAUUCAAUUAAUUGUUCUCAGUAAGAUUCUAUAAGUGAGUAUUUAAAGAUGUGGGAUUAGUCUAUUUUGGUUUAAAUAGUAUUUUUAAUGUUCUAUAAUUCUAAUAAAGUACCUAUGUAUUGAAGAAUAAUAUUAGAUUCUAGUUGAUGUUAAUUAUUUUCUAAUGGAUAUGAAUACGGUAUCUCAUUUAAAUUUAUGAAACUAUAGUCAAUACAAAAAAUUCUUAUUUAUUAGAGUUAUAAAGUGAUGUAUCUUUUAAAAUUUAUUUCAUUUUCCCUCGGGUCCAUCCUUUGGCCAUUUUGAACAUUAUUACAGAUUAACAAUUGUGUAUUG